AUGGGCGUGAAAUCUGCUGAGUUACCGUUACCAAAGAACAAACGAUUUCCGUUCGGUCGCCUCAUUCACGUCCUACAAACCGACAACGGAAAAGAGUUCGACAAUGUCGCCGUCCGCACCCUACUCUCCUCUCAUGGCACUAUUUUCCGUCUAACCUGCCCAUACACGUCUCAGCAAAAUGGUCGCGCCGAGCGCAUCCUCCGCACCCUCAACGACUGUGUCCGCACCCUCCUAUUCCACAGCCACGCACAGGUGACUUCCUCCCAGUCUCCCGAGGAGACUCCACCGCGGCAUCGUGCCCCCGCCUUGGCUGCGCCGACUCCGCCCGCGCCGCCCUUGAGCUCUAGCUCGGGCGCCGCCCCACCGCCUACCCUGGUGUCACCCUCGAGCCCGAGCUCGGGUGCCACCACGCCGUCACCACCCGCGGCGCCCUUGAGCCCCAGUUUGGGUACCGCCACAUCGACACCUCCCACGUCGCCCUCGAGCUCCGACUCGGGCGUCGCCUCUUUGACCACGUCACCCUCGAGUGGCCACUCGGGUGAAGCCGUGCCGGCUGCCACGGGUCUAGCCACCCGUGCAUGCGCUGGCGUCUUCUGCCCCUCCGCGCGGUACCCUCCGGACACCUACGUCCGCCCCGCCGCGGCUGCUCCAUCGCCGCCAUCAGCAUCUUCUCCACUGCCCAGCUCAGCUCGGGCGGCCCUUCGUGAUCCUCUUUGGCGUGCUGCUAUGCAGGAUGAGUUCCAUGUGUUGCAGCGCAACAAGAUGUGGCAGUUGGUCCCUCGGCCUCGCCACGCCAACGUCAUCACCCGGAACUGGGUCUUCAAGAAGAAGUUUCAUCCGAUGGCACACUCGACCGCUACAAGGCGCGUUGGGUUGUUCGUGGCUUUCGACAGCGCGCCGGCGUCGACUUCACCGACACCUUCGCCCCGGUUGUGA